UCAGUUUAGUGCACGUUGUUGGUUGUUGGUACAAUGGAGGUCCAGGCUGCUCGGCUGAUUGAGGAGAUACGAGAACGUCCUUGUCUUUAUGACGUGACAUCCCAAUUUUACAGGGACCUUACCAUGAGACAGGAGGCCUGGGAAGAAAUUGCAUAUCUGUUUAAUGAAUCUGUCGAUUCAGUGAAAGCCUCAUGGACAAAAUUACGAAACGCUUUUUCAUCUGCCAAAAAAAGACGAAUACUCAAAAGUGGCCAAGCAACCUCUAUAAUAACUCCAUGGAAAUACGAAAAAGAGAUGGCGUUCUUAACACCAUUCAUGGAAUCGAGACAAGCACAUAUCAACCCAGAGAAAUCAGAGGAAAAAUCGAAUUCGGAAGACUUUUCCGACAAACCAUCUGAUGACGAUACACAAGAGACGCCUAAUUUCAAAGAACUGGAAAGAUCUUCAUCUUCAUUAGAACACGAAGGAAUUCCAGCAAAACGACUUUGUACUUCUAAAUCGAAAUCAUAUAGAAAUCUAGAUCCUGCUGAUGAGAUGAUGCAGAUCAUGAAAAAAAAUGUGGAACUUCGACAGAUGCAACAUCAAGAAAAAAGAUAUACUGAAUAUGACGCUGUUGAUAUGUUUUACUUGAGUAUGGCGAGGACGGUGAAAACUCUUUCUAGGGUGACACAGGCGGAAAUAAGGAUGCAACUUUGUCAAAUAGUUUCAGAGGCAGAAAUAAGUGAGAUGAGAGGAAAACCCCAAAAUUCUUAAUUUGAAGAUAUAUAAGUCCUCCUCACAAUAU